AUGAUCGACGAAAUCCAACAACGCGAUAUCGCCAUUGAGCUCGUCCAAGCUCUCGUCUUCAGGCAAGAUGAGCGUGUUGCGGAUCUUUGCCGCCAACAUGUCAACUACUCCGCUUUCCUGAGCCCCGAGAGAAUGCCAGCACUUGACGACUUGGCGGACUCGCCUAUUAUGCGAAUGAAGCAGCUCGUCGGCUUAAAUGAAGAAGGUCGUGCCGCUCACGGUUGGUCACCGAUCUCGAACACAACGCUCGACGAGCUUCUCGAGACAAGACAAAAUGCGUACGGCACUGCCAUCAUGUGUCAACAACGCAUCAUGGGCAUCAUGCAGCGUGAGAACGUUUGCGCUGUCCGCUUCCAAGAGAUCAACCGCACAGGUGCACUGGACAAGACGUCGGUUAUGCGGCUGCACUUCAACGGCGAGAAGGUCGACGCUAUCGACGAGUACGUGGACGCACGUAGGAGCUUCGGCUUUGAGCGUGCUGUCGGCGCAGAUCCCUAUGGUUCGGCUCCGUCGUCACCUUCCUCGUGCUUUUCAGUGUGA